GCGAAGGGAAGACAGGGGGCCCGCUUCGCGCUAAUGCUCGCGAUGGUUGAAUUCCCCGCCUCACGCCCGCCUAGGAGAAGUUCGUAGUCCCAGAGGUGGGGCAGGAGGCGGCAGUUUCAGGCGGGUCAGGGCGGAGCUGAAGCGACGGCGGAGGCGGAAGCAACGGUCGGUGGGGCGGAGAAGGGGGCUGGCCCCAGGAGGAGGAGGAAACCCUUCAAAGAAAACAGCAACAAGCUGAGCUGCUGUGACAGAGGGGAACAAGAUGGCGGCGCCGAAGGCGAGCCUCUGGGUCAGGACCCAACUGGGGCUGCCGCCGCUGCUGCUGCUGACCAUGGCCUUGACCGGAGGUUCGGGGACCGCUUCGGCUGAAGCAUUUGACUCGGUCUUGGGUGAUACAGCGUCUUGCCACCGGGCCUGUCAGUUGACCUACCCCUUGCACACCUACCCUAAGGUGUCUGCCAGUUUGUACACAGUAUAUCACACAGAAGAGGAGUUGUACGCAUGUCAGAGAGGUUGCAGGCUGUUUUCAAUUUGUCAGUUUGUGGAUGAUGGAAUUGACUUAAAUCGAACUAAAUUGGAAUGUGAAUCUGCAUGUACAGAAGCAUAUUCCCAAUCUGAUGAGCAAUAUGCUUGCCAUCUUGGUUGCCAGAAUCAGCUGCCAUUCGCUGAACUGAGACAAGAACAACUUAUGUCCCUGAUGCCAAAAAUGCACCUACUCUUUCCUCUAACUCUGGUGAGGUCAUUCUGGAGUGACAUGAUGGACUCUGCACAGAGCUUCAUAACCUCUUCAUGGACUUUUUAUCUUCAAGCUGAUGAUGGAAAAAUAGUCAUAUUCCAGUCUAAGCCAGAAAUCCAGUAUGCACCACAUUUGGAACAGGAGUCUACAAAUUUGAGAGAAUCAUCUCUAAGCAAAAUGUCCUCAGAUCUGCAAAUGAGAAAUUCACAAGCACACAGGAAUUUUCUUGAAGAUGGAGAAAGUGAUGGCUUUUUAAGAUGCCUCUCUCUUAACUCUGGGUGGAUUUUAACUACAACUCUUGUCCUCUCGGUGAUGGUAUUGCUUUGGAUUUGUUGUGCCACUGUUGCUACAGCUGUGGAGCAGUAUGUUCCCUCUGAGAAGCUGAGUAUCUAUGGUGACUUGGAGUUUAUGAAUGAACAAAAGCUGAACAAAUAUCCAGCUUCUUCUCUUGUGGUUGUUAGAUCUAAAACUGAAGAUCAUGAAGAAGCAGGGCCUCUACCUACAAAAGUGAAUCUUGCUCAUUCUGAAAUUUAAGCAUUUUUCUUUUAAAAGAAAAGUGUAAUAGACAUCUAAAAUUCCACUCCUCAUAGAGCUUUUAAAAUGGUUUCAUUGGAUAUAGGCCUUAAGAAAUCACUAUAAAAUGCAAAUAAAGUUACUCAAAUCUGUGAAGACUGUAUUUGCUAUAACUUUAUCGGUAUUGUUUUUCUAGUAAUUUAAGAGGUGGAUGUUUGGGAUUGUAUUAGUAUUUUACUAAUAUCUGUAGCUAUUUUGUUUUUUGCUUUGGUUAUUGUUUUUUUCCCUUUUCUUAGCUAUGAGCUGAUCAUUGUUCCUCCUCACCUCCUGCCAUGAUACUGUCAGUUACCUUAGUUAAUAAGCUGAAUAUUUAGUAGAAUAUGAUGCUUCUGCUCAGGAAUGGCCCACAAAUCUGUAAUUUGAAAUCUAGCAGGAAAUGACCUUUAAUGACACUACAUUUUCAGGAACUGAAAUCAUUAAAAUUUUAUUCGAAUAAUUA